AUGUUGGUAGAACGGUUGAGCUCCCACUUGCUCAAACUCUCCCAUAAAGACUUCCAGUCCGCAUCGAAGUCUAUCUUGUCGUCGCCUGAGCUCACCAGCUCAAACACUUGGGCAGUCAAAUACAACAUCGAAUGCAUCUCGGUGUCGAUGGACUCUGGGACUUGGGAAAACCAUUCAUUUGUGGGGAUGAUGCUUGGUUUUUCACCUCCAGAGCAGCAUCCAACGUCCAGCUCGAUGAAGCUCCAAAAUAAAGCCCGCUCGAGGUUGUUUUCGGACGACGCAGUGAUGUUACACGCCUUCAAGACAGCGGCACAUUUUUCCAGUCUUGUGCGCCAUGUUUCUGGAUCGGUGCACAGAACUUCAAAAUAG